GAACUGGCUUGAGUGUUUUCGACUUGACAUUGUAGCGUCAGCAAGGCAGCUGACUCGUUAAUGAAAGGUUUUCAUUAACAACAUUGUGAGUUGCGGGACAUUUGUCGUGGAAAAAUCUCAUAAAGGCAGUCGAGGUAGCAAUACUGAAGUCAUGUCUUUUUCGAGGGCUCCUGUGAAACGAUUUAAUGAAGACACUGGUUGCGCCCCUGCGCCUGGUGCAUACGAGGUUAAGUCCGGUGGAGCCAAGGGUGCUGUUUCAUUCCAGAAAGCAGAGCGCUUCAAGCCCCUCAAACCUGACGGAACUGUAUCACCAUCACCUAUGAAAGAUGUUCCUGCGUCCCCAAUUCGUCGAACAAUGUCUGUCGAUGGUUUGGUUGAAGGGGCGAGCGCCAAAAAAGACAAGAUAAAUAUGUCCCUACAGAUGAAACGACAGAAUCUCCUGGAGAAAGAGAUCCGGUCUCUGGUGCAGCAGAAAGGGGAGCAGGAUCGCCGGCUGCUGGCCCUGGAGGAAGAGGUGAAGAAGCUGGAGGCUAAGCUGCUCGCCGCCACCAGAGAGAAGACGGGCAUGGCUGCCAACAUGGCCUCGCAGGAGAGGCAGCUUGGGGAGCUGAAGAAGACAAACGAAUUCUUGAAGAACAAGUUUUCAUCUGACACAUCCAAGAAAAAGAUCAACACUCUCAGUAUGGAACUGAUGGAAGCAAGGAAUAAAAUAGACGCUAAAGAUAAGGAAUUGAGUUUCCUUCAAAUAAAUCUGGAAGGCAAAGUCAAGGUUUUAGAGAUCGAUCUAGAAGCUUCCAGAGCCACUCUUGCUGCCCUCAAGGAAAGAAACGACGACCUGGAGGACCUUCACAAAGAGACGAAGUCACACAAUGAAGAGCUUGAAACAGAAAUGGACAAACUUCAUGCUGUGAUUCAGGAACUAAGGGAGGAAGUCAAGAUUCUUCAGGAGUACCUGGAUACCGCCAAUGAGGAACUUCUGGAUUUGCGCCAUAAGCUGAAGGCCUCCCAGGAAGCACUGAAGAAGCUCGAGCUGAAGAAGGAGGACGGCAGUGAGGAGCUGCAGGCCUCCCAGGAUGCCGUGCGGCAGCAGGAGCAGGAGCUGGCUCGGCUGCGGGUGGUGUUGCGCCGGACGGAGGAGGAGCUGGAUCAGCGUGUGGCUCACCUGGGGGACAGGUGUAUGGUGCUGGAGGAAGAGAGAGCCAGGACCCAGGAGGAGGGCUUGCGACGUGUCCAGGAGCUGAAAUCGGAAAUCAGUUCCCUGGAGGAGAGCCGGCGAGUGGAGCGGGAAGAACUGGUGGAGCUGAAGGAGAGCCACAGCACGCUGAGCACCCAGCUGGAGGAGGAGAAGGAGCGUACCCACUCCAUGAAGGCCACUCUGGAACGGGAGUGGGAUGUGGCGGCAGGAGAGCGCCGGAGGCUGGAGGCGGAGCUGGAGGGGGCGUUGGACGAGCUGUCGGCUCUGGAGGCUCAGGAGCACAGGGGAUUGGGCGAUCUGCUGAACCUGCAGGGCUGCAACCAGGAACUGAAAACCGAGCUGGACCACGCCACAGAUCAGAUCAACAGGCUGUCGCAGUCCGUGGAGGAGCAGCGGAGCGAGGCGGAGGAGCGGGUGCGGUCGCUAGAACGGGAGGUGGCCCGGCUCAGCCAGGAGCUGCAGGAGGAGCAGCAGCGGCAGGACUGUCUCGAGCAGACACAGGAGAAGACCAGGGAGGAGUAUGCCAGAAUGCUGCUGGAAUCCCGCACACAGCUUGCACAGAAGGAGGAAGAGCUGGAGUGUGCUCAGGAUGCCCACGACCGUGCCCUCCGUGGCCUGCAGGAGGAGCUGGAGAGCCAGAGGGAGAUGCAACUGAGUACAGUGGAGAAGAGCAGCACCCUUGUCCAGCUGGUAGAGGAGAGGAGAUGUGCCCUGGAACAGCUGGAGAAGGAGAGGAACCACAUCCUGGAGGAGCUAGAGAAGGAGAGAAAGGAAAGGAGUAGCACCCUGGAACAGCUAGAGGUGGAGAGGGAGGGGAGAAGCCGUGCCUUGGAACAGCUGGAGAAGGAGAGAGAGGAAAGAAAAAGCUCCCUGGAACAGCUAGAGGAGGAGAGGAGCAAGGGUCUGGAACGGCUACAGAAGGAGAGGGAGGAGAGAAGCCGUGCCUUGGAACAGCUGGAGAAGGAGAAAGAGGAGAGAAGAAGAUCUCUGGAACAGCUAGAGGAGAAGGAGAGGGACGAGAGAAGUAGCAUCCUAACCCAGUUGGAGAAGGAGAGGAGCAACAACCUGGAGCAGCUAGAGAAGGAGCGGGAGGAGAGGAGCUUUGUCCAAGCCGAGCUGGAGAAAGAGAGGCAGGAGAGGAGCAGCAUCCGAGUCCAGUUUGAGGAGGAGAAGAGCAGCCUCCUAGCCCAGUUUGAGGAGGAGAAGAGCAGCCUCCUAGCCCAGAAGGAGAAGGAGCGGGAGGAGAGGAGCAGCAUCCUAGCCCAGUUUGAGGAGGAGAAGAGCAGCCUCCUAGCCCAGCUGGAGAAGAGGAUGGAGGAGAGGAGCAUCAUCCUAGCCCAGUUGGAGAAGGAGCAGGAGGAGAGGAGCAGCGUCCUAGCCCAGUUUGAGGAGGAGAGGAGCAGCAUCCUAGUCCAGUUUGAGGAGGAGAGGAGCACCAUCCUAGCCCAGCUGGAGAAGGAGCGGGAGGAGACUGCCAGGCUUGAGCAGCGGAGGAGGGACUCGGUAGAGGGCCGUAUGGCAAAGGCCGGCAGUCUCCAGGCCAGGAUGGAGUCCGUUGAGGAGGGGAAGAUGGAGCUCCAAAGAAGGCUGGAGGAGGCCGAUGAGGAGAGGCGGGGGCUCCGUGUGCGGGUGGAGGACCUGGCGGAAGAGAGGGAGAACCUGCAGAGGCAGCUGGAGCAGGAGAGGGAGGAGAUGGAGGCGCGCCUCACACAAGCACGUGAACAGAGCUCAAAUGAUGCAGAGAUGGAAAAGUGGAAAAACCUGUACGAGGUGCUAUAUUCCAAAGUCCAGCCUUUCCAGGAGCAGCUGGACAACUUUGCGGCGGAACGGAGCGCCCUCCUCAACGAGAAGGGGGCCACGCAGGAGGAACUGACCCGCAUAUCGGACGCGUACGCCCGCCUGAUGGGUCACCAGAACCAGAAGCAGAAGAUCAAACACGUCAUCAAGCUCAAGGGGGAGAACUUCGACCUCAAAGAGGAGGUGACUAAGCUGAGGGCUCUGGCGUCGAAACAGAAGAGGGAGCUGGAGCAGCUGAGGCCAAGCCAGGGGCCGUCUUUCGACCCCAGCAAGGCCUUCAAGCACGACCACAAGGAGAACCAGUGCCCACCCGCCACUCUGAAAGCCGGGAACAGACCUCGUUAAAGACGGCGUGCAGGAUGAAACCUGGACAGAGAAUUGGUGACACCGAAAGCUUAGUGUACAUUUUGGGUUGCCCACACAAGCGGACAUCAUGAUGCAUUUUUUUCUUCAUAUGCCUUUCCUUUUAGUGUGGCUGUCGUUCUUCUGCUUGUUACUGGGCUAUGAUUAUAUGUGCAUUAUAUGUGCUAUAGUAUGCCAGCUGUAUGCAUGUAAGGGCCUUGUACCUUAAAGUACAUGUCACAGUAUGUCAGCUCUUUUUAAAAGAAUAUAAAAGCCAUGUUAAUGUUGUUUACGAAUGUUAGAGAUAAUGUGGUACACUGUAUUCCAAGCUGUCAUUACAGCACUUUUUAAAUAAAAUAUUCUAUCUUUUUCUCACAUGUACAUUUUAAA